AUGGCAUCAUUCUUCCAGCUCCCAGAGGAGCUUCUUCUGUCUUCCUUGUUCGAGCGUUUUCCCUGCCGCGAACGUCAGAUCCGUUCUUUAGCUACUCUCCUCCAUCCCGCCGCCGCGCCCUGCCGGAAUCUCGUCAUAUACGGCACCGAAGCCACCGGAAAGUCAGUAAUCGUCGAUUCCCUCCUGGAAACCCUCUCCGAAGCCCCCAACGAAAAACCCGGAAGCGAAACAUCCCUCAACUUCGCCAUCAUCAACUCCAUACAAUGUAUCACAGGCCGGCAUCUGUUCGAGCGGACAAUCUCUGCCGUCGUGGAAGCUAUACAAUGGGAGACAACGCCCAAGAAGUGCGAAACCCUCGCCCAAUUGAUGGUUGAGCUUUGUAAGAUGCUCAAGUAUACACAACGACCCGAGGGCUGGCGCCUUGUUCUCGUAUUCGACGCAAUUGACCGACAGAGGGACGCUCCCGCAACUCUCCUCCCAGCAUUAGCAAGACUGUCCGAAGUGAUACCAUGCCUGACCUGUGUCUUUAUCGUCACCGCACCUCCCCCUUCCUUCCUCCGCACAUCAUUCGUGCCGCAUAUCCAAUUCCCGAACUACACCAAGCAGGAAUAUAUAAGGAUCAUCUCGGCGUCACCACCGUCUCCGACCCCGACGACAACACAGGACGACACAAACUUCCUCUGGACCCGCUUCGUCGGUGCCGUCUGCGACGCGCUCACGACCUCGGCAUCCAACACCCUGCCUUCAUGUCGAAACAGCUGCGAGGCCCUCUGGCCGCGCUUCACGGCGCCCAUACUGGCCCGGACUCACGGUCCGCGCGAGUUCUCCAAGCUUCUCAUCGCCUCCCGUGUGCAUUUCCAAGAUGAGAGCCUCCUGAACCCGAGUAUCGUCUAUAUCAAGCCCGGCACCACAGCUUCCAAGGCGACACCGGCGGCGGAUGGAUAUGGGCUACCUGGCACGCCCUCAAAGCAUGCGACAGCCCAGCCGGCGCUGAGCACCGCCACGGCCGAGUUGACCACGCUUCUACCGACAACGACCCGGCUGCUGUUGCUGGCAGCAUACCUUGCCUCGCACAACGCCCCGCGCCACGACCUGACGCUAUUCUCAACGUAUCACCACGGCCGUCGGAAGCGGCGCGGCGGAGGCUUCGUGGUGCCGAAGAGGGGUCGGCCGAGCAAGCACAAAAAAAUCUCGCGGAAGCUACUCGGCGCGCACGCGUUCGUCCUCGAGCGCAUGCUCGCCAUCUUCGCCGCGGUGCGCAGCGAGUGGGCUGCCGACGGCGGGCUUACCACCGGCAGUGUGGUCGAUGGAGACGUCGGCAUGGCCAUCUCGACUCUUGCGAGCCUGCGGUUGUUGAUGAAGGUGGGUACGGGCGGCGAUCCGAUGGACCGGGGCGGCAAGUGGAGGAUCAAUGUCGGGUGGGAUAUCAUCAGGGGUGUGGGGCGAAGUGUUGGUAUCGAGGUGGAGGAAUGGCUCAUUGACUAA